AUGCUAAUUAAAAACUAAUAGAAUUUCAGAGUUUAUAAAACCAAAAUGAUCAUUAAUAAAUAGUAAUAAUCAUAUAAUAUAGAAAUGAACCCAAUUGGCUUAGAUUUGUUCUAACAAGAUUCUUGUUAAAAUGAAUAUUAUUAAAAUGAGCAAAUUUCUGAUCACUUCUAUCAAUUUCCUUGUUAGUCUUAGAACAUCCAACCAACCACAGCGAUGACAAAAUAUGAGACAGUAAAAAUAAAUGAAGAAGAUAUAAAAUACAAAAAUUUACCAAAAAUGAUUGGUAAUAACAUCGUAAAAUGGAUAAAGAAAUAUAAAUAUAAUUCAAAAAAUUAAUCAAUUCCUGAAGGACUAAAAAAAUUGAUAGAAUUAAGAGAAAAAGAGAAAUAAUCUAAAAUAAAAAUAAAAGACUUAAGGGAUUCUAUAUCGGCUGAGUAAGAGUCCUAAAUGGUAUUUAAAGAGUACAUAGCUGACUAGCUAUACUUGGAUUUAGUAUUUAGUAACAAAAUAUCUGAUCCAUUUUCUUAUGUUCCAGGAAUAAGUAAUUAUUACUCUGCUGCUGAAGAACCAGAGAAAAUGAAGGGAAAUUACAUGAUGAAAAAAGAAUUCAUCGAUUAAUGA